GUCAAUGAUCUCUAGGUACUAAUUCGUUUUUGUACACUGUGGUUAUCAUAUUGGUAUACCGGUCUGUGGUGAUUUAAGGUUUUUAAAUUUAACCUAGGAUUUAACCCUAAAGUUUAAAUUCUUGAAAUAUAUUAUGCCAUAUAAGCGUAAAAAAUACCACGUUGGUGAUACUCAUUUGAAAAAGCGCUGGCGCGUGCGUAACAGGAAAAAAGAUCUUGACGAAAUUGAUGUUGAUCUUAAAGAGGAAAAUGCUGAGAAAUUACUAAAUCAAGACGUAAACUUGGAUAUUCCUGGUGCUGCACAGCAUUACUGCCUCCACUGUGCCCGCUAUUUUAUAGAAGAACGGGCGCUGUCAGAACAUUUCAAAACAAAAGUACAUAAAAGGAGAUUGAAAGCUUUAGAGUUGGAACCGUACAGUAUAGAGGAAUCAGAACGAGCUGGUGGUUAUGGUAGCUUUAAGCUCCCCACUAAGCGCAAAAUUUUCACUCAGAACAGUGAUAAGCAGGACAUAACAGAUAGAGAUGAUGAAGUUUUAGAAGAUAGUCCAAAUAAGCGAAAAAAAACUGAUGAAAAUGAUGCGUAAUUUGUUGAUCAGCAAAUCAUUUCUUUUCAAGAU